UCUUCCGGCCGGCGCCCCGCCCCCUUUACUGACAGGUUGCCCUCCUCCCCAAACCCCACCGCGCUUCGCAGUAGACGGACAGAGGAGUCGAAGCGGUCGAAGGUUUUGCGGCUCCGGCGUGCCGGAAAGCAUGUUACGCAUAAAAGUGGAUAAUUUACAUGGUAAAUGAAAAUGGCCAAUUCUUUAAGAGGAGAAGUACUAAAACUUUAUAAAAAUCUGCUGUAUCUUGGACGAGACUAUCCAAAAGGAGCAGACUAUUUUAAAAAGCGUUUGAAGAACAUUUUCCUUAAAAACAAAGAUGUGAAGAAUCCAGAGAAGAUCAAAGAACUUAUUGCACAGGGCGAAUUUGUAAUGAAAGAGCUAGAAGCCUUGUACUUCCUUAGGAAAUAUAGAGCUAUGAAACAACGCUAUUAUUCAGAUACCAACAAAACUAAUUGAUCAUUACUA